CAAGUGCUGGGAUUUAAGGCAUGUGCCACCACUGCCCAGCCAAGAUUAUACUUUUAAAAAGUCAGUUUCUGGAGAUUCCACUAGUUUCUCUAUUAUGCUUUUUAUGUUUUUAAGUCAGUGGCACUAACCUAUGUUUAAUAAUUUAAGGGAAAAAUACUCUUCAGCAAAAUUUGAAAUCAAAUAAUCUUUUAAAUAUAUGAUCAUGUAAAGCCUUUGAGAUUGCAUUUCAAACAAGUGAUUAAAUUAAUUUUCCUAUUAGUGUGUAGGAAUACUUUAAAUGUGAAUGUUUCAUAUUUCUGAAUUUUGCAAAUUUAGUCUCAUUUGGGGGUAGCUAGUUAAUUAUGUGCACCUCUAAAUAUAAAAGUAAGGAAAUCUAAGUGCUAAGACACAUACCUUAUUUAUGCUUAAUUAUGUUUCAGUAUGUCUUAAUAGUUAAGGUAUCCUUGAAUAUAGAUUUUUCUAAACUAUCAAUAGUUUGUGAGCCUUGUGUAAGAGCAGUAUGAUCUUUUAGCAUCAAAGUAUUUACAAAUGCUGAAUAAAUAUUUGAUGAACCAUCCAGCAGUCCUUUUUUGUAAAAAAAAAAAAAUACAUUGUCUACAAAGAAAUGCUAACAUUCUCUCACAACAAUGUGCCUUUGCCAAUGAGUGAAGUUUUUAUUUUAAUUACAAUCACAUGAAAUUUAAAACAAUAGUGCUUACUAAGAUUAUCUUCUUUCCUUCAAUACAGAAAAUAUCUUUCUGAACACUCUAUGUUCUAUUGUUAAGCAUAAAAUUCAGGAGAGCACAUUUUAUUUUGUUUUUGUCUAACAGUUUGAGAAUUCAAAGUUAUUUUGUCAAAUCCAAGUUAUAUUUUCUAAAUUUCACCUUUCUCAAGUAUCCAUAUUUUCUCCUCUAACAUUCUGUAAACAUCAUUUAUUAACUACAAAGCCAUUUAUAUAUUCUUAGACUUGUUUUGUAGGUUAUAGUUUAUGAAAAAAGUUCUUUUUAAAUUUUUGUCAAAGGAAGGCAAAUUAUAGUAAGGUGGUGGGUGAAUCAUUUACUUUUAACCUUAAUCAUAGUGAACUAUAAUGGGCAAACAAAGCAUUUGCUCUGUCGGAUUCUGGAAUGCUUGUUCUGACCUUCAAACAGUGUCCUUUUUCUUGGGAGAGGGAUUGGCUUCUUUCACUCUGACCACACAGCUCUGGUUGGAACUUGAGUGCUUUUCAAUUUACACAGCUUCCACAGGCCAAAGGUCCUCUACCCAAGGCAGACAGAUCAAAAUCCUUCCCCAGAAAGGAUCAUUUUUACUUUGUUGACUUUGACAUCCUCUUCGUGUUUGUAGAAGAGGCAGUUGAACUCUGAGUCAGAACUGACUACUUACAAAACUAGUGAUCAUUGCCAUUCAGUUUUAUUGGUCAUCACACAUAGCACAUUUAUGAAGGAAAGCUCCUAAGACUGUACACCACACAGAGAGAAACAGUCAAACGAAACACACAUUUUAGUUUCCCUUCUUGAGUUAUAGACACAUUGCCAUUUGGAAGUUAGAAACUGGAUUUUUUAAAAUGAUGUUUUUAUUCUAAAACAGAAAAAUUAAUAACUUUUAUAAUAGAAUGAAAACCCUCCAACAGCAAGAUAUUUUGUAUUUCCUCCAUGGUGCUAUUGUCAGAAACUAAAUGAAUACCUGUACAGACAAACAAUUGUUAAAUGAAUGACAAUCCAGAGCUUUCUGUACUGAGUUUGUACCGUUAUGAGGAAGAUACAUAUUUCUGUCACACAGAUUAGCUGUCUCAAGGAUGCCAAAUGAGGCUUAGGGGCAAAGGAGCGAGAAAGGAGAGAAUAGAACACUUUGACCUAAACCCUGAGCAUUUUAGCCCUUAGAGAACACUUAGAAACAAAAAUUAUCUGAAGUUGUAAAGCCGAACGCUUGGUGGCGCUGCAGGCUAAGAAAACGAAAACCUGCAGACUUCACGCCUGUAAAAGCGGAGCCAUUUCUUGCGGCUGAGAAAGGAAGCUUUUUAAAUUUCUGCCGAUAGAUCCUUUCAGAGAGGCAGAUACACCGUGUCUAAAAAGAAAAGAAGCUCAAAAUUAUUGAGCCAAGAUUCCUGAGCUGCUCACAAAACAGUUCUUGUGUGAUUAACUGCUGCGUCUUUUGGACCUGAGGGACGAUGGAGACACCACUCCACAGGGCACUACAGAAAAGGCAAGUGACCGCCAUUGUCUUUCUGUUACUAUUGUGGGAGGCAGGCAGUGCGACCAUUAAGUAUUCAGUUCUAGAGGAAACAGAGGGCUCUUUGGUGGGCAACCUUGCAAAAGAUCUGGGAUUGGGCUUAAGGGAUCUGGUCAUCAGGGGCGCCCAGGUUCUUAACAAAGGUAACAAGCAGCUCUUGCAGCUGGAACAGAAGAGUGGAAAUUUGGUCCUGAAAGAAAAAUUGGAUCGGGAGGAGUUGUGCGGGAGCACGGACCCGUGCAUCCUCCAUUUCCAGGUGUUACUAAAAAGCCCAGUGCAAUUUAUUCAGGGGGAAAUACAGCUCCAAGAUAUAAAUGACCAUGGCCCAGAAUUCAUGGAAGAUGAAAUUCUCCUUAAAAUCCCUGAAAGCAGCCAUCCAGGGGCCAAGUUUCCACUGACAAUAGCUCAAGAUUUGGACGUCGGUAGCAACACAGUUCAGAACUAUACAGUCAGCAUGAACUCGCAUUUCCACCUUCUCACCCGCAUUCACAGCGACGGCAGGAAAUACCCAGAGCUGGUGCUGGACAGAGCGCUGGACCGGGAGGAGCAGGCAGAGGUGAAAUUAACACUCACAGCUCUGGACGGUGGGUCACCUCCCAAGACUGGAACUACUCAGGUUCUCAUCGUGGUGCUGGACAUUAAUGACAAUGCCCCUGCAUUUGCCCAGGAGCGCUAUGAGGUGCAGGUUCAAGAGAACAGCCCUGUGGGGUCACUUGUCAUCACUGUAUCAGCAAGAGAUUUAGAUGCUGGGACCCACGGGGAGCUGUCCUACUCGCUUUUUCAGUGCUCAAAUGAAGUCCUUCGGACUUUUGAAAUAAAUACAGAUACCGGAGAAAUUAGAAUAAGAAGACUAUUGGACUUUGAGGAAAUUCAAUCUUACCGCAUGGAAAUCCAGGCCUCUGAUGGCGGAGGUCUUUCAGGAAAAUGCACGGUAGUAAUAGACGUGACAGAUGUAAAUGACAAUGCCCCUGAACUCACCAUGUCAUUACUUAUCAGUGAUAUUCCAGAAAACUCUCCUGAAACUGUAGUCGCGAUCUUUGGAAUUUCAGAUCCAGACUCUGGAGACAACGGGAAAAUGGUUUGUUCCGUACAAGACCGUCUUCCCUUUCUCUUGAAACCUACUGAAGAAAAUUUCUACACUUUGGUAACGGAAGGCGCACUGGACAGAGAGAGCAGAGCUGAGUACAACAUCACCAUCACAGUCACCGACAUGGGCACACCCAGGCUCACAACUCAGCACACCAUAACAGUGCAGGUGUCCGACAUCAACGACAAUGCCCCCGCCUUCACACAAACCUCCUACACCCUGUUUGUCCAGGAGAACAACAGCCCUGCCCUGCACAUAGGCACCAUCAGUGCCACAGACUCAGACUCAGGCUCCAAUGCCCACAUCACCUACUCUCUGCUGCCCACCCAUGACCCACAGCUGGCCCUUGACUCGCUCAUUUCCAUCAAUGCUGACAACGGGCAGCUGUUUGCGCUCAGGGCGCUGGACUAUGAGACCCAGCAGACUUUCGAGUUCCACGUGGGCGCCACAGACCAAGGCUCUCCUGCGCUCAGCAGCCAGGCGCUGGUGCGAGUGCUGGUGCUGGACGCCAACGACAAUGCGCCCUUCGUGCUCUACCCGCUGCAGAACGCCUCUGUGCCCUGCACAGAGCUGCUGCCCAGGGCGGCAGAGCCAGGCUACCUGGUCACCAAGGUGGUGGCAGUGGACCGCGACUCUGGACAGAACGCCUGGCUUUCCUUCCAGCUGCUCAAGGCCACAGAGCCUGGGCUGUUCAGCGUGUGGGCUCACAAUGGCGAGGUGCGCACCUCCAGGUUGCUGAGUGAGCGCGAUGCUCCCAAGCACAGGCUGCUGCUGCUGGUCAAGGACAAUGGAGAUCCUCCAAGGUCAGCCAGUGUCACUCUGCAUGUGCUGCUGGUGGAUGGCUUCUCUCAGCCCUACCUGCCUCUGCCAGAGGUGUCGCGCGACCCCGCGCAGGAUGACGAUGUGCUCACACUGUACCUGGUCAUUGCCUUGGCUUCUGUGUCUUGUCUCUUCCUGUUGUCUGUGCUGCUAUUUGUGGGGGUGAGGCUGUGCAGGAGGGCCAGGGCGGCCUCUCUGGGUGGCUGCUCUGUGCCUGAGGGACACUUUCCUGGUCACCUGGUGGAUGUCAGCGGCACUGGGACCCUGUCCCAGAGUUACCAGUAUGAGGUGUGCCUGACAGGAGGUACUGGGACAAAUGAGUUCAAAUUUCUUAAACCAAUACUUCCCAACUUCUUGAAUGAAGAGGUUUAUAGGAAUAGCGAGGAAAAUUCCAAUUUUAGGAAUCAUUUGGGGUUUAACUAGAAAUCGUACUCUGACCUUGUGUAAUUAAUUACUACAGUCUUCACUGAUGCAUAUAUAAUUUUCCAACUUUUUGCUCAUUGUAAAGAGCAAAUUAGCACGUUACUAAUAAUCACAUUUAUAGCUGUUUCUAGUUGUCUAGUACUGCUUGCAUUUUUGGUUAGCUAUAUUACUACACUCAAGGGCACAAAGUAACUGCAAAAAUGUUCUUUCUAGGUGGUAUUAUGUUCAUCACAAUUUUUAAAAUAUCACAGGUGUUUUCAGGUCCCUGGUAGUUGAGACUGUGUAUUGAUUUCUUAUAAUCAAAGAAGUCAUGUUUCAAAGUUAUGGUUAUCAUUAGGGUGAAUUUAACACUAUUGUAAACGAUGGCUUUCAGUUUCAAAAAUAAUUUUCAAUUAUGUGAACAUUUUUGUGAUUUUCUAAAUCCUAUGAGUCUGUUGCCUGGUCUCAAGAGCCCUAUUUUCUUUCUGCAAAUGAAACAUUGGUUAAUCAGGCUUAUGUUUCUAAACUGAGUAUUUUCUUUCAAAAUAGAUAAAAUUUAAUUGAACUCUCUUUUGGCAUUCUGAAAAACUCCGUCUGUUAUAUUAAAAAGUGAUAGAUUUAUUGGUAGACUUGUGACCAAUUUUCCAUGAAUGGUUGGUGUAUAGAUAUUUAUUCUCAUCCUUUUAACAUGAUACAUACUCUACAUAAUUAAUACAUACACAGUAAAUACAAAGAAGAUGCAUUAGUAUGCUUUCACCAUAAAACUUUCAUUAAGUCAACAUUAUCCUAAAAUAUAUCUCCUGGAGCUUGAGGUAUAGCUCAAUGGAAGAACAUGUGCUUAGUGUGCUGGUGCCCUAGAUCCAAUGCCCAGCAUCAAGAAGAAAAAAGUAAGUAAUUAAAUUCUUCAUAUGAAUGUAAAUGAGACCUAAACUAACAAAUGAGAACGGGUCUCUAAAAGUGAAUUACAAUAAACUUAUAACAUCUGAUUAAAACUAUGAGGGACUGGAAAGAUGACUCGAUGCUUAAAAGCAAAUAUUCUUCUGAGGAUUCCACUUCAGUUCCCAGCACAUGUUCAGGGCUCCCAAUAGACGUUAAUCCCAGCUACAGAGAGACCCAGUGCCCCCUUCUGGUGCCCAUGCAUACCCACACACAAAGAACUAAUAUCAAUUAAGUAACUGAUAUUAUAAUUUCAACAGCUGGUGAAAUUCGGUAGCUUAGCCAUUUGGGCUUUGGCUUUCCUUUGAUAAUAACUGACACUUAAUAACUAUGUAACUGACACUUAUUAUUGCCCUGGAUUUUAUAUACACACACACACACACACACACACACACACACACACACACACACAUAUAUAUAUAUAUAAUCUCCAAUCCUGUUUGUACCUCAGAAAGUUUAGAAGCAUUAGAAUGGUUGGCCCUAAAAGCCUGGAAACGACAUCAUCUGAGGUGAAGGUGCCUAUCUUAACAUAUUUACUUUUCCCCACUAAUCUUGAGUAAAGCACAUCCUAGGUCCUUGGAUGACUACUAUGAGAACUCAUAUAGAAUUGUGUAGGGCAUGUAAAAGGAGAACCUACUAUAAUAAGCCUUUGAAAUUUGAAGGAGUAAUAUGAUACUGAUUUGAUACUGAAAUAUAAUAUAAAUAUACUCCCCUCAAUCUCCCUUCCCAACUUGCAAGCAGUUCCACCCAAGAGGAUUUCCUAUCUCCUUGCAAAUUUUUACACUUAUAUGUCUUAGGGAGGGGCACUGGCAAUUUUGCAGUUUCCUGAGCAAGUCUUCAAACUUUUGUGACCUUCUUGAAUCUCAUAAAUCAAAUAUUUCAAAUUGGAGGAAACAGCUACAUAAGAGUGCUAGUCAAUAGAUAAACAAGAUGUGUGUGUA